AUGUCUGAUAUCGAACAAGCAUCUAUCAUAAAAGACAAAGAAAGACAUAAUAGGAAACAAGAGACAUUAUGGCAAGAACUUCAGAUCGAUUUUCGUCUUCAAUCCUACGGAUUUCCUGAUAAUAAAAUCUAUGGAACGAUAACGGUCAUCCCUGAAUCAUCUCGGAAGCUGAUUGAAAAAUUUAUCUUAGUUGUAAAUAAAACCAAUCGUGUAGAAUUUAAUCGUCAAUACGUAACGAUUGCAGCAUCGGGUUUGAAUACCAAACGAGAGUAUCCAGAGGCAUAUGUCGAAGCCAUUCCGAUGAACGGAGACUGGCCGGGAGGACCCAAACGAUCGAAAACUCAUCGUUUCCGUUUCACUGGUCUAGUGUUUACUUUGAGUCCCAAUAUAACUUUCGAAUGGCAUGAAGAUCCCGAAAAUCCGGAUGCAUAUCUGAUUAUAGAAUGGUAUCAUCUUGGUGACAAUAAUGCUCAGAAAUAUAUUCUGUACUUAGACAAUCUCGAUAUUCAAUACAUACGACAAAAACAAAUUAGAGAUGCAUUUCGUGUGAAGAUUGGCAAAUUUAAACCAGGAGAAAGACAUACACUCGAACUAGUAGCACAAUUGAAUAAUGGAAGAGAAACAUAUCGAUCUGAUUUAAUGCAAUUCACUGUGCCCAGUCGUGAAACUCAAGAAGAUACAGAAUUCAUUACUGUUGUCAAUGAGCCUGCACCGCAUAAUCUACAAAUUUUUCGUCCUUCUGAAAAAGAUGAAGAAGAAGAAGAAGAACAACAACAACAACAAUCUACACCUGAAAUCCCUUCGAUUCCGGAAGAGAAAGUUCAACGUGCAAACAUUCCUACUUCAAAAUGCUGUGCUAAUCGUAAACACACUCCACACGACACAUUUCCUGGUAUCGAACAUUAUUUCAUGGAUUCAACAAAUACGUGGGAAGAAGAAUCAAAACCAGUACCAUCGAUGAAGAAAAAGAAAACUAUUUCAUUCAAGAAGGAUAUUGAUGGUGACGACGACGAUAAUGAUGUUAUGAUGGGUAAUGAUUUUCAGUAG